AUGGGUCGCCCCGGUGUGCUGCCCGCCCUGGCCUGGCUGCUGGUGGGGCUGAGCGUGCCGGCGCCGUGCCGGAGCCAACUGCACGGCGAGAAGGGCAUCUCCAUCCCCGACCACGGCUUCUGCCAACCCAUCUCCAUCCCCCUCUGCACCGACAUCGCCUACAACCAGACCAUCAUGCCCAACCUACUGGGUCACACCAACCAGGAGGACGCGGGGUUGGAAGUCCACCAGUUCUACCCUUUGGUGAAGGUCCAGUGUUCGUUGGAGCUCAAGUUCUUCCUCUGCUCCAUGUACGCGCCGGUCUGCACGGUGCUGGAGCAGGCCAUCCCGCCGUGCCGCUCCAUCUGCGAGCGGGCUCGCCAGGGUUGCGAAGCCCUCAUGAAUAAAUUUGGUUUCCAAUGGCCGGAACGAUUACGUUGCGAGAAUUUCCCCCGACAUGGCGCCGAGCAGAUCUGCGUGGGGCAGAACCAUUCGGAGGACGGCGGUUCGCCGGCGUUGCUCACCAGUGCUACGCCGUUGGCCGGCCAGGGCACCCCUGGCGCCCCUCGUUACGCCACCCUUGACCACCCCUUCCACUGCCCGCGGGCGCUGAAGGUGCCCAGCUACCUCAACUACAAGUUCUUGGGCGAGAAGGACUGCGCAGCGCCCUGCGAGCCCACCCGGCCCGAUGGCCACAUGUUCUUCAACGAGGACGAGAUCCGUUUUGCCCGUAUCUGGAUCCUCAUCUGGUCCGUCUUGUGUUGCGCCUCCACCUUCUUCACCGUCACUACCUACUUGGUGGACAUGCAACGUUUCCGUUACCCCGAGCGCCCCAUCAUCUUCCUCUCGGGGUGCUACACCAUGGUGUCGGUGGCCUACAUCGCUGGCUUUGUGCUGGAGGAGAGGGUGGUCUGCAACGAGCGUUUCCAGGAGGAUGGCUACCGCACGGUGGUACAGGGCACCAAGAAAGAAGGUUGCACCAUCCUCUUCAUGAUGCUCUACUUCUUCAGCAUGGCCAGCUCGAUCUGGUGGGUCAUCCUCUCCCUCACCUGGUUCCUGGCCGCCGGCAUGAAGUGGGGCCACGAGGCCAUCGAGGCCAACUCCCAGUAUUUCCACUUGGCCGCCUGGGCCGUGCCGGCCGUCAAGACCAUCACCAUCCUGGCCAUGGGGCAGAUUGAUGGGGACCUGCUGAGCGGCGUCUGCUUUGUGGGCCUCAACAACAUCGACCCUCUCCGGGGCUUCGUGUUGGCCCCGCUCUUCGUCUACCUCUUCAUCGGUACUUCCUUCCUUCUGGCCGGUUUCGUCUCCCUCUUCCGCAUCCGCACCAUCAUGAAACACGGAGGGACCAAAACGGAGAAGCUGGAACGGUUGAUGGUUCGUAUCGGGGUCUUCAGCGUCCUCUACACCGUCCCGGCCACCAUCGUCAUCGCUUGUUAUUUCUACGAGCAGGCGUUCCGCGAGCACUGGGAGCGCAGCUGGAUCAGCCAGAACUGCAAGAGCUUGGCCAUCCCCUGCCCCCUCCACUUCACCCCCCGCAUGACCCCCGAUUUCACCGUCUACAUGAUCAAGUAUCUCAUGACUCUCAUCGUGGGCAUCACCUCCGGCUUUUGGAUAUGGUCGGGUAAAACCCUGCACUCCUGGAGGAAGUUCUACACGCGACUCACCAACAGCAAGCAGGGCGAGACGACGGUGUGA